AUGGCAGCAAGUACGAGCACAGGAACAAAUCAAGUUCAGCAGCAGGUACAAACAAUAGUUUUCAAGUUCGAUGGUAAAUCAAAUUUCACCAUGUGGAAACGUUUGAUGGAGCUGUGUUUAACAACCAGUGGAUAUAGAGAUAUUAUGAAGAAAGGUUUUGUCGAACCAACUGAAGAAGAUAAAGGAAAAGCUGAUGAGCAACAAGUUGAGAAAGAUCGUAUGCUCAACCAAAAAGCUUUGCUAUUGAUCUGUCAAUCAAUGGAGCUAUCUGUUUUUGAGAAAAUUUUCCAUGCCAAAUCCGCAAAAGAGGCUUGGGAAAUCUUGAUCAAUACAUAUGAAGGUGCUGACCCUGUCAAACGAACGAGGUUGCAAGGUUUAAAACGCCAGUUCGAGCUGAUGGAGCAAGGAAGAGAUGAAAGCAUUCGUGAUUAUUUUUCACGAAUGGACAAGCUCGUCAACGAAAUGAAAUCCAACGGCGAUGACAUAAAGGAGAAAGAUGUUGUGGACAAAAUCAUGCGCACGCUCUCAACUCGUUUUGAUUAUGUGGUGGCAGCCAUUGAAGAAGCAAAGGAUCUCACAAAAAUGACUCUAAAUGAUCUGCAAGCAUCUUUGGAACACUGGAUUCUUUGUCAGAGCAAUCGUUGA